ACGAUGUUCAAUUAGAUCGUUUGUUCACUAAACUGACGUUCCCCUUCACGCCUGCAGGUGGCGGUAAUGCGCCGCAGUGCUGGUUUGGACGGAAAUGAACCGGAAGUGAAGCGGCGUACACAGUGCUGUGUACGGUCACACGUGGGUUCUGGAGCCGUGAAAUAUUAUGUACAGUUGUGUGGUUUAAUUAGAUAAUAUGUCAAGAAGAGGGAAAACUAUGCCAGAGGAAGAUACCGCUUCCAAAGCGGGACCAGGAGAAGAUGAGGUGGAGGAGCUUCCAGCGGAGACCAGACGGACCCGGAGCGGCCGCAGAGUGCGUCCUCCUGCCGCACUGUUGGACUCGACAACCCCGGUGAGGACUUCCAGCAGAAGGACCAGGAGGUCCGUUCUCCAGGAACUUCCAACGGUGGAAGAACCUAAUACCUUGGAUAAGGAGCAGAAUCCCGAAAGUCCGGCUGAGGUUAAAUCUAAUGCGUCUACGGAACCGGAGCUAACAGAGCUAACAGAGCUAACAGCACAGACUGUAGCAGCGGGUACCGAGACGGCACCCGAGGUGGAACAGAACCCCCCGUCCAAGCCGGCGCCCACAGAAACGGCUCCAGAGAGCAUCCCAAAGAAGAAACCUCGUCUGACCCCAAGUGCCAAACAGACCCCGGCGGUUCCUCUGGGGAAACCGAAGUCAGGACGAGUGUGGAAGGACCGCAACAAACAGAGGUUUUCUGCGAUGGUGAGAGACAAACCUCUGUGCACCUCUUGGGAAAAGAAGAUGGCAGCCAAGCGGGAAAAGGAUCUGGUGAAACAGUAUACCAUGAGGCUGAAAGAGGAAAAAGCCCAAAAGAAAGAGGAAAAGAGGAAAAGACGAGAGGAAAACCUGAAACGGCGCGCAGAGAACGAACGCAAAGCGGAGAUCGUUCAAGUGAUCCGUAACACGGCAAAGAUCAAGAGGAUGAAGAAGAAACAGCUGAGGAAGAUCGAGAAGCGCGACACUCUGGCCCUGGUGCAGAAGUCACAGAGUCAGAAUGCCAAAACCAAAGUGCAAAAAAACAUCAAGAAGGAUUUAACUCCAGCAAUAAAAUGAGUUUGUUCAUCACUUUGGUCACUUAUUGUCUUUGGACAGGAUUUUUAUGGUGGGGUGCAAUUGUUGCCCAAAUCGGAUAAAGGGAACAUUGAGGGACUAGCUUUUUCUCAUAAACGUAGAAAAAUAUUUUACAAAAGAUAUAAGUGGAUACAUAAUCGAAUUAUAUAUUUUGUAAGAUCUUUUUGUAUGUGCGGUAUAGAUUUUUUUUAAAUA